AUGGACUCGAACCCGACGACAUUGGAAGACCCGGGUGGGCUCGCGGACGACAUCCAGCAGCAGGCGGAGCAGAUCCGCCGUCAGCGCGUCAAACGUGCCAAGGAGCAACAAGAGGCUGAGCGCGUUCUCACUCGCCAAGGCACUACGCUAUCCCGCGCAGAUGACAGGCCGCUGGUGGGGAACCUCAUCGGCGAGGAUCAUGUCAACUAUGUGUUGAUGUACAACAUGCUCACUGGUAUCCGGAUAGCUGUUUCACGCUGUCAAGCAAAAAUCCGGAGACCACUCACCGACGAAGACUACACAGCCCGACAUAAAUAUUCGUUUGAUAUUGUCGGUAACGAACUUACGCCCUCCGCCAAGUACGACUUCAAGUUCAAGGACUACGCCCCUUGGGUCUUCCGCGAGUUGCGCGAAGACUACUUCCACCUCGACCCCGCCGACUACCUGCUGUCGCUGACCGCGAAGUAUAUCCUCUCCGAGCUCGGUUCGCCGGGCAAGUCUGGUUCGUUCUUCUACUUCUCGCGCGACUACCGGUUCAUCAUCAAGACGAUUCACCACAACGAGCACAAGUUUCUUCGGCGAAUCCUGAAGCAGUACUACGAACACGUGAAGACGAACCCGCAUACCCUACUAUCACGAUUCUACGGUCUCCAUCGUGUAAAGCUCCCGCACGGGCGCAAGAUCCACUUCGUGAUCAUGAACAACCUCUUCCCGGCGCACAAGGACGUCCACGAGACAUACGACCUCAAGGGGUCCACUGUUGGGCGCGAGUAUUCGGAGGAGAAGGCGGCGCAGAACCCCCGCGCGGUGCUGAAGGACCUCAACUGGAUCAACCGCGGCAAGACGCUUGAGCUCGGGCCAGAGAAACGUGCGCUCCUUACGGAACAGCUGCGUCGGGACUCGGAGCUGCUGAAGACCAUCGGAGUCAUGGACUAUUCGCUGCUCAUCGGUAUCCACAACAUGCGUCGCGGGAACAGGGAUAACGUGCGGCGCAAUACUCUCCGCGUCUUCUCGCCCGACAUGCCCCUCAUCUCUCGUAAGAAGACGGUGAGCAAGGUCUCUCGGAUCGGGGUCAUCACACUACCCGAGGAGGAUACGGGAGAGCGCCAGCACUUCAUUUUCUACCAGGACGAGGGUGGAUUGCGCGCGACGGACGAGGGGAACGGUGACAUGGACACGAUUUACUACCUCGGCGUCAUCGACAUCCUCACACCCUACAACACUUUGAAGAAACUCGAGCACUUGUGGAAAGGGAUGCAGGCUGAUCGGCACAAGAUCAGCCCCGUACCUGCCGUCGAGUACGCCGGCCGAUUCUUCUCAUUCAUGAAAGCGAUCAUGCGUGGUGGCGAAGGCGGCACACGGUUCAAGGCCGAGUAA